AUGAACUCGCAACUCAACAACUCCAACGAAAACCAGGACCUGGUCUUUCAGGAAACUGAUACUUUCAGGCCAGUGUUCUUCGACUCAGGCGCCAAACGCAACUCGUCCCUGGCUUCUUCAGACUCCUCCAAAAGAGCUAGACUCGACGCUUCUGUCAUUGCUCCAAAGGAUAGACAACUGGACGUGGAAGAUAUCCAGCCUAACCCAACGCUGCCCCUGGCAAACACAUCCCCAGGCAAACCAGCAACCCUGGCUCCUGCCUUGAUAAACCAGCAUAGAGCUCUUCACCAUCGCCACUUGCUCCUUCAGCACCAUAUUCUUUCCCAGCCCUCGCUGCCAACCCCGGACCAACAGCCCGCCGCUGAUGAAGACGUCGACAUGGACUCUCAACCUGCUCAACAACAACAACUGCAGGACGACGGUGACGCUAAGAAUGUGCUGAACAAGCCUGCUGCCACGCCCCAGCCUCUGCUGACUCCAAAGUUGCCCCUGCUGCUGUCUCAGCCUAAACCCCUGGCUACAAGACUGGCUCACCGUAACUCGGUCUCCAAAAAGUCUAUGCGUGUGCUGCCUGUGGCUUCAGCAUCUAACUCUAAGGCUCCUAAGUUUGUUAGACGCUUCCGUUCCCGUUCCCUCCCCAUCAUCAACUACACUUCCCGUUCCCAGUUGUUCCAACAUCACAUGUUUCAACAGCGCGUGCCUCACCAACAGGGGCUGCUUUUGAACUCCUCUGCCAACUCCUCCGGUCUUUCGAAUCCUUCCUCCCAGAGCCUGAGCUUCUUUCUGCAAGCUUCUCAGCCUUCGACUUCUUCUUCCCUGCAUUUCCAUCACCAUCACCACCACCAUCAUACCCCUGCCACUCCUUCGCUUCCUCCAAUCAACUUACAAUCCUUGAAGGAAAUCGACUUGCAUGAGAUCUUGAAGAACCCUCAGUUGAGACACGACAUUCUUUUCGACCCUCAGUUGCAGUUCCGCCCCAACUUGGACGGCGAACGUGGCAGACGGAAGAAGACCAUCAUUGAGAAGUACUGGUCUGAGAUUGAAACUGAGUGUAAACAGUUUUUUAAUGGUCCUGUCAAACCUAACUCAGUUAAGCUUCCCCGCUUGCCCGUCUUGUUCACCACUUUGAGAGACAUUUUGUUGUCUCUUCUUCCUGUCAAGGAUCGUGCUCCAGUUAACGAAAUCAUGGACAUUGACUUGCUUGUCCAGCAGUUGUCUCACGGUUCGUUCGAUUUCGUUGCUAUGGCCAAGUGGCUUGGAGAGGUGUUCAAGUCUCACUGCGCUCCUAUGAGAGACCAGUGGGUUUCCGAUAUGAUUGCCAAGUUCCAGCAGUCAUUUGAAGAGAACUCGGUUGAGAAGCUUGUGCAAGGUUUGAGGACUAUCUUCUUUAUUUUGGAAGCCAUGAAGUUGGAUGUUGCUAACCAUCAAAUUAGAAUCUUGAGACCCGUAUUGAUCGAGACUGCUAAUGAGUUUGAGAAGGACUACUUUGACCAACUCAUCAACCACUGCAAGAUCGACAUUACUGACUCUUUGAAAUGGUACUACAGAAACUUCCACAAGAAGAGUGAUAUUGGUAAACUGUUGAAUAAGGAGAACAUGCUGGAAACUGAGACUAGCAAGGCUAUCAUUGUUUCUGCCAUUAUUGACUUGCUUUCAUGCCGUAACAUGGCUACUGAAUUCCCCCUGACUUUGGCUUUUGACCACACCAGAUUGGUUUUGUUGAGAGCUGAUGUUAGACAAUUGGUCUGUGUCCAGUUGUGCGUGGUCUUGUUUAAGCAACUUUUACACAACUAUGGACCAGCUGCUUCAUACAGAGCAGCCAGCUCCAAGCCUGAAUAUCUCACAAAGGUGCAAGAGGAGAUCUUGGCCAUUGUGACCGAUGACAACGGUAACGUUAAGUGGACUAGAAACGUCCAGGCCAUCGCUUUGCAGUUGGUGAAGAACGUUGUCACGGAUCCAUCCACUGGCAGUAAGGUAACGAACAACUUGCCACAGUCGAUAGUUGAUUUCAGUUACAACUGGUUGAUUAAACAGAUCCAACCUAACUCGGACGUUUACGGCCUCAUGGAGGACAAGAUUUUCAAAGAGCUUUUAACUGAGAUUGUGGUGAACCUCAACUUUGAUGGUGCCAUUACCGCUAGCAGUUUGAGCAACGAUUUCAAGCUGAGCUCUUCCGGCAAGAGCAAGAAGGCUGAUCUGGAGAUGGUCAGCAUUGCAUCGAGAAUUUCUACGUUGGUCAAGUUCCACUGGAGUGUGUUCGGUGAAUACUACACCAAUUACGUGAAGAACGAUAAGGCUAGUCUGUGA